AUGGACUACAAGGAAAAUAUGGGAUCGACGCCCUCACUUUUGGGAUGCUACUUUAUUAAGCCCGAACCGCAAGAGGCCACCUUCCCGCUGUCAGACUCAUUCGGCCCCAACGCGUCGACAUUAAUUCCAAGAAUCAAACAACAACCUUCUGAGGACACGAUCAAUUCGAGUGAGACGACGCGUCUCAACGCGUCUCUCGCUGGAAACCGCCCAGCAAGUCCAACGAACCAGCUGUGCUCAUUCACAGUUCAUCAGGACGCGAGUGAGAUCUCUUACGACCCUGAGAAAGCUCUCAAGGAGGGCCUAGAGAUGGUCUCUAGUGUGCAGAAGGCUAUGAAUGGCCUUCAAGUUGGUAGUAAGCUACGACGUCAAGUGUGGUCGAAAGAAAUUGAAGGGCUCCAAAAGCAGGCUUUGCCAACAACUCUCAUAGCCAUUUGCGGCGCAACUGGUGCCGGCAAAUCGUCCAUACUCAAUGCCAUUUUAGAGGACAACAUCGUCCCUACCAGUGGUAUGAGAGCUUGCACGGCAGUGGUAACUGAGAUCUCUUACCACGACAAACCCACUGUCGAUGCAGACGUGUCGUUCUUGAGCGCCGAUGAAUGGAAACAAGAACUUUCCGUUCUACUGCACGAUUUGGUUGACGAAGAAGGCAAUCUCAAGCGUAUCAACGAUCUCAAGAGCGAUGCUGGUGUGGCCUGGCAUAAGGUCAACGCUGUAUACCCGAAUAUUUCACAGGAAAGACUAGUAACGAUGACGCCCGACCAAAUCAUUACUUUCGAUCCUCGUGUCACGAGUGUUCUCGGGACCGUUAAACACAUUGCAGCUCGCAACUCUAAGGCUUUCGCUAAAGAGAUUGCAAAGUAUAUAGACUCUAAGGAAAAGAACCGCGGAAAAAAGGACAAGAAGAAAGAUGGCACAGGAAAAACCACCGAAAAAAGUCUUAUGGACAAAGUGAGGGAGGCGUCUGGCGCGGGCACCAGCAAGAAGAAUGAGAAGAAUGACCCCAACGCUCCUGCGUUUUGGCCUCUCAUUCGACAAGUCAAUGUUCGAUGUCGUGCCAAUUGCCUUUCCACAGGCGCUAUCUUGGUGGAUCUCCCUGGUGUUGCUGACGCGAAUGCCGCACGAAACAAUAUUGCGAAGGCAUAUAUGAAGAAGUGCCAGUGCCUUUGGAUUUUGGCACCCAUAACCCGCGCCGUCGACGACAAAACUGCCAGAGAUCUCCUCGGGGAUGCUUUCAAGAUGCAGCUUAUGAGUACGUCCCUUCCUCAUUCAACUCUGAAACAGUUUGCUGACCUUGCAUUUAACGGCAACUACGAUGAUCACGCGAUAACAUUUAUCGCGAGUAAGACGGACGACAUUUCAUGUUCCGAAGUUAUCAAUGCCUUGAACUUGGAAGAUGAUCCCGAAUUGGAAGUAAUCGAGGAAGAAAUUGAUGCCAAUAACGAGGACACCAAGGAGUUCAAGUGCAAGAAAAUUGAAUCAAAAGAGAAGUGCAAAGCUAUCGAGGCUGAGCUCAAAAGCCUGAGGGAGAGGAUAGCCCAAUAUCAGGAGGGGAUAAAGGCCAUCAAGAACGGAGAACCUUUCAAACCAGUUCUUGAAUCGUCGUCCGCUGGAAAAGGAAAAGGCAAGAAACGGAAGAACAAACGGGCGGGUAAAGGAGGUUCACCUAAACGAAGGCGUGGAGACGACCCGGACUCUGACGAAGAGGAAGAUGAGAGCGACGAAGAAAUUGACGACGAGUUCAGCUCAGAUGGCUCUGACGGUGAAGAGGGCGAGGAUCUUAACAAUGAUUCGGACGCCGGCGAUGAAAACUCGGAAUCAGAACCGCAAGAAGAAUAUACGGAAGACAUGCUUAAGGCCAAGAUUCAAGAAUACAGAGACGCUAUCAAGGAGGCCCGUUCUCGCUUAACUGCAGCGCGUUCUGAGAAGAAGGAGGUCGAAGAUCGCCUUGCAACGCUUGGUAGGGCACUUGCUAAGGUCCAGAAAAGAAAGAACGCGCUCUGCUCCCUGAAAAGAAGCGAAUUCUCAAGAGAUGUACUGAAGCAAGACUUCCGGACGGGUCUGAAGGAGCUUGAUGACGCUGCCGCGGAAAAACGCGACCCCGACAACUUUGAUCCAACCACGGACCUCAGGAAUUACGACGCGAUUGACCUUCCGGUUUUCACUUGUUCAAGUCGAGACUAUGUUCGGCUCAAUAAUCAGGUGGAAGGUGAUGGAGAGCCUUCCUGUUUCUCCAAUACCGAAGACACAGGAAUACCCGAACUUCAAAGAUGGUGUCAUACCCUUACCGUCUCCUCGCGCUCCCGUACGGCCAGGGUCUUCUUCAAUCAACUGAAGACUUUCGCCAACUCAAUCGGUAGUUAUAUUCGUGGUAUCGGCGAAGUCACUGUUGCCGACCGAGAAACACUUAGAAGACAGUGGGAGUCAAAUUGGCCCGGAUCGAAGGCACAGGAUCCGGCAGCUAUGUGGCAAUCUACUCUGGAUGAUGAUCCUUUCACCGUCAAACCUGAACGCCCCGAGCUUGAUGUACUCCAUGGGGUUGCCCCUCGUUUAGCUAAGGAAUUUAUUGCGGUCAUUGACAAUUGUGUCGAUGAACUCCAAAAUAAGUUCAAAGAUGGUUUAGAAGACAAGUGUCACACUGGUGCUGAACAGGCCGCCGCAGUCGCCGUCCCGACUGUUGACGAGUUCGCCGCAUCAAUGCACUGGGGCUCGUAUCGCGCGACUCUUCGUCGCCAUGGCUGCUUCCGGCGUGACCUGAAUGUCGAACUGUUGGCACCUUUCACGAGGAAGAUCGCGUCCGCCUGGGGUAAAAUGUUUGAAUCUGACCUUUUUGGUCCUUUUGAAGCUGCUGCAGUCAAGGCUAUCAACAAGCUCCUCACUGAUGUUGAGGACAGCGCUGCAUUUGGUCUUAAAGAUCGAGUUAAGACCCAGGGUGAAUUGUGCUUACAGGACGCAAAGGUGGCUUUGACCAAUAGCAUCAACAUCGUUAAAGAGACCAUGAAUACGGAACAGAAAGAGAUUUCCAGAUCCCUAGCGCCACAUGUUCAAAACGAGCUACUAGAUGGUUACAUCGAGGCUAUGGAGUUUAGAGGCACAGGGUCGGUUAAACGCCAGAAGGACUUCUUCCAUCGAUAUGUGGCGGAACGAAAGGACGGCAUGUUCGACGAUGGAGCUGAAGUUGUUAUGGAUCGUCUUGUGAAAGCAGCGGAGGCGGUCGGCAAAGCACUUGAGGAGUCCUUUGAGGAGCUCGCAGUGAAGAUUGAGGUUGCCUUAUCGGUUCUCUGGGAAGGCGCCUUAAAUCACGACCCUCAGCAAAUAAUGACUCGAGCAAGGAUGGUCGAACUUACCUCGGAGAUCAUUAGGCAGAUUGAGUUUUGGAAUGAAGCAGAGAAAGAGAAAAAUGUGGCACGUUGGGCCGACGAUUCAGAUACCGUCAUGUCUGAUUGA